AUGGCCGACCCCGUCUUCGCCGCCCUGGCCGCCUCGCCAGGCUUGCGCAACGACUUGCGCACCGUCGCCCGCCUGUGCCAAGCGAUUCUCACAAUUGACGACGACGACCUGGAGGACUUGGUUUGCUCCCGCCCGCGCCUCGAGCUCGCCCUGUCCGGCCUCGUUGACGUCGCCAAGCUCAUAGACGACGCGAGGAACAUUGUCGUUCUUACGGGCGCGGGCGUUUCUGUUUCAUGCGGCAUUCCGGACUUUCGCUCCAAGGGCGGCUUGUAUGACGCCGUGUUGGAGCGCUUCGGCUUGGAGGACCCACAGGCCAUUUUUGAUUUGGAGGAAUUCAAGAUGGACCCGACCCUGUUUUAUUCCUUUGCCAAAGACGUUAUGCCGAGCAACGACCUUCGUCCGUCGCCCACGCAUCGUUUCAUCGCCGAACUGGAAGCACGUGGAAAAUUGCUCCGCAAUUAUUCCCAGAAUAUUGAUGGACUCGAGCGCCGUGCGGGCGUGUCGGAGGAGCGCGUCAUCCUUUGCCACGGCUCGUUUCUCACUGCUACCUGCAUGCGCGCCUCGUGCCGCGCUAGCAUUUGCGGCUCCGAGAUUGCAGUCGAAGUCGCUGCGGGAACUGUGCCUCUCUGUCGGAAAUGCGUCCAUGGCAAGAAACGCUCGUCUUCUAAGAAGAAAGACGACUCAGACGACGAUGACGGUAUGGACGCUUGUUCCAUGGGCGUCCUCAAACCCGACAUUGUUUUCUUUGGCGAAAACUUGCCGAAGCGUGUUCGCGACAACCUUGAAACAGACGCCCUUAGAGCAGACCUCGUGCUUGUCCUGGGAACGAGUCUACAAGUCUCCCCUGUCGCUCGUAUUCCACAAUACUUUCACGACCAGGUGCCGAGAAUUCUUGUCAACCGUGAGCUCGUCACAUACGAUUUUGAUGUCGAGCUUUUAGGCAAUUGCGACUCAGUCGUUGCGGAGUUGCGGAAGGCUCUCAGCUGGGAUGGAAGCACUCCACAAAGAGAUGACCAAGUCUCCGAGCCUGUUCGCAGAGAUCUCGUGAAGGGUGCAUGGGAAAGUAGCCCAGUAACGGAAACGGCCGAUGGUUCUGCAGCCCUCUCUAAGACGAAACCGGACAAGUUGGAAAAUACAGACAGUCAUCCUGUGGCACAGUUCCGACCACCCCGGCGUUUUCUUUUCCCCGGUGCUUCGAAUUGUGUACGUGAGAAUAGAGGAGAUUUGGAGCCCGCAAGUAACCAUGUCUCGCUGAAGGUUGGACAUGAAGCAGCGAUGGCUACUACAGACCAAAGUGGCAACGAAAUCGGCGCUAAUAGGCAUGGACCCCCUAUUGGCGCGCACUUAGCAAGCACCCGUUCGGGCGCUAUCAUGAAAGAAGACCCUACUAACCGAGAUGGGACGUGCAUAGGGAAGGUGGCCAUUGCACCGGCGGCGAGCGUAGCUGAAAUGGAUGGUGCAGACGGUCAAGUAUGGAAUAGCGGGGAGGAAGGGACUGCCGACUUGCCUCUACCGAAUAGAGUUGUAAUUGAGAAGGGGAUUCAGGACUCUCACAAUGCAGCUUCUGAACUCGCGAAAUGCAAUGAUUCCGGAGAUAGUACCGCAUCAGGAACUGGUGGUUUCAGUACCGAUGCCGAAACUACGUGUGCCCCAAGUAAGAAAUUGAAAACUAGUAACACAGGAUAUGGCGAAAACGCAUAAUGAUGCUGAAGGCAAAUAGGAACAAGGAAGGAAGCUCUUUGAUUUGAUAUUUUUCACGAUUAACUAUAUUGUUUUAUGUUUACCACUUUUGUUUAACUGUCAUGAAUCGUGUUCUCAAAGAGGUGUCUCGUAUGCUGAACGUUGAAGAUACAGUAGAUGGACUAGGCGCUUUGGUGUGCACGUUUGAGUUCGUCAGUUUUGUUGUGUGAAUAGUCACUGGUAAAUGAAGUGUCGUGAGGACUCCUACUC